AUUACAUGCAACAUCAUACUUGCAAGUCCUUGGCCGGCAUCCAUUCAUCGUUCAUUCUCACCACGGUUGUGGCACAGCUAACUCGUGUGUGUAUGUGUUCGAAAACAACAUUAAACAUUAUAAUUCGGAUACCAAUUCAAAAAUUAUAUGUGUGAUAGUGUGUUGGUGAAUGUGCGGCGUAUUUUAAAAUACUAUUCGAUUACCGUAGUUUACAGGAAUUCCAUAAAUAUUAAGUCCGGUUCGGGUGUCAGGUACAGCUUUUAUGACUUUAGCUAAUGCUCAUUAUUUCUCUUAGCCUCAGGGUAGGUCACUUUACAGUUAGUUAAUGCCCACACAAAUACUGAGAAUUACAGGUUUAUCAACAAUGUCUUCCUAUAGUUUAUUGUAAAUCUGUAAAUUAUGCAGCACACGUUUUAGUGAUUCGCACCUGAUAUAGUGACUGACAGGAACAGGCCAGGAGAUCAGUAUUAUUACAAGUUUUGUGUUGAAAUCAGUGCUUUUUUCUUUCUACUUGUGAAUGAAAAUUAAAAAAAAAGCUUUGCUGUAACAAUAUAGUUUCAUAGUACUUAAUGUAAGAUGGAAAAUUCAACUGAAUUAUUAACCACAAUUAAACCAGAGGAAGCUAUAACAAAUUUACUUGGAUUAGAGAGUAACUUAACGAAUUUACUUGUAAAUAGUACAAUUGAAACUAAUCCGUCUGAACCAGAACAAUUUGCAGCUCUUAAUAAAUUUUGUGGAUCCCCUUUUUGGGAUGUAUAUUUGUCAUGGAACGUUUCCAAUCCAGAAUUUACUCCUUGUUUUGAAAAAACUUUUAUGGUAUGGAUUCCAUGUAUAUUUUUGUGGAUAUUCACUGGUUUAGAAGUAUACUAUAUGUUAAGUAGUAAAAGAUGGAACAUACCUUGGAAUUGGCUGAAUUUAUUAAAAUUAGGAAUUACAGCAACUCUUAUAGUUUUAACAAUUAGUGAUGUUGUCACGUCGUUUAAAACAGCAUCUGCGAAUGAAAGUGUGGUAUUUGACGUCGAUAUUUACUCACCUUUAAUCAAAAUUUUUACAUUUCUUCUCUCUGGCGGCUUGGUGUAUUUCAACCGGAAGUAUGGAAUGCAAACAUCUGGUUUGCUGUUCCUGUUUUGGUUCUUUUUAGCAUUAUGCGGCAUACCACAAUUUCGUACAGAAAUUAGGAGAGGCCAGAACAAUGAUAUUCCGCCGGAGCAUUAUUAUUUUUAUACCAGCUACUUAAUUUAUUACCCCCUGGUGUGUCUGAUGUUCAUACUCAAUUGUCUGGCUGAUCAAGCACCGAAAGAAAGGAAAUAUCCACAAUCUAAGCAUCCAUGUCCUGAAGAAGGCGCCAGUUUUUUGUCGCGUUUGCUAUUCAGUUGGUUCGAUCCUCUGGCAUGGAAAGGGUUCAGAAAAUCUUUAGAAACCAAAGAUUUGUGGGACAUUAACAUUGAAGACAGUUCACGAGAAUUGGUACCGGUGUUCGAGAAAGCUUGGCAGGAAACUUUGGCUAAAUGUGAAAGCGCGCCUCCUAAUCAAGUCGCCGAAGCGAAAUUUAAAUCUGACUCAGGUAGUGUGGCUUUUGUUAGUAGCAAAAAGAAGAAGGAAGCGUCCGUUCUGCUGCCGCUCGUCAAAUGUUUCGGAUCCGUUUUCCUGUUCGGAGCUCUCCUCAAAUUGUUCCAGGACCUUCUGACGUUCGUCAGCCCGCAGAUUUUGGGAUUACUAAUUUCUUAUGUCAAACACGACGAACCGUUAUGGAAGGGUUACUUUUACGCCAUCUUACUGCUUGUUACGGCAAUGGUCCAAACGCUAUUUCUCUCGCAAUAUUUCAACAGGAUGUACAUCGUCGGUAUGAGAAUUCGUACAGUACUCGUAUUGACCAUAUACAGGAAAGCUCUGAAGAUAUCGAACAGCGCUCGAAAAGAGAGCACCGUCGGUGAAAUCGUGAAUCUCAUGGCCGUCGACGCGCAAAAAUUCAUGGACCUGGUGGGUUAUUUGAACUUGAUCUGGUCGGCGCCUCUACAGAUUUGUCUCUCUCUGUAUUUCCUUUGGCAAGAACUGGGACCUUCGGUGCUAGCUGGUUUAACGUUGCUGAUCAUCUUGAUUCCGAUCAAUGGUUUCAUAGCAAACAGGGUGAAAACGCUGCAAGUGAAGCAGAUGAAGAACAAGGACGAACGAGUUAAAUUGAUGAAUGAAAUUUUGAACGGAAUAAAGGUGUUAAAGCUGUAUGCUUGGGAGCACAGCUUCGAGGAGCAGGUGUUGAAGAUCAGGAAUAAGGAGAUUAAGGUUUUGAAGCAGGCCGCUUAUUUGAAUGCCGGUACUUCUUUUAUUUGGUCUUGCGCACCGUUUUUGGUAUCGCUAGUCACUUUCGCUACCUACGUCUUGGUGGAUGAUAAACAUGUAUUAGAUGCGAAUAAAGCCUAUGUUUCUAUCUCUCUCUUCAAUAUCAUAAGAUUUCCGCUGAGCAUGUUACCCAUGAUGAUAUCAAAUUUAGUGCAAACAUGGGUGUCAGUAAAAAGGAUAAACAGAUUCAUGAACGCUGAAGAACUAGAUCCUGACAACGUACAUCAUGAGCCUUCUGAAGAUUCGCCACUUAUAAUCGAAAACGGAACAUUCUCAUGGGGAGGCGACCCGAUUCUCAAGAACAUCAACAUCAACUUGAAAAAGAAAACGUUAACGGCCGUGGUCGGUACAGUCGGUUCGGGAAAAUCCAGCUUGGUAUCGGCGUUCUUGGGAGAAAUGGAUAAAAUAUCUGGAAGGGUUAAUUCGUACGGACAAGUAGCGUACGUUUCUCAACAGGCUUGGAUACAGAACGCCACGCUUCGGGAUAAUAUUCUGUUUGGUAAAUCGUACGAUAAGGCUUUGUACAAUGAUGUAGUCGAAGCUUGCGCUCUCAAACCCGAUCUGGACAUGUUACCGGCUGGAGACCAGACCGAAAUUGGAGAAAAAGGUAUCAACUUGUCUGGUGGACAAAAACAACGAGUCAGCUUAGCCAGAGCGGUCUAUUCGAACGCCGACAUCUACUUCUUGGACGAUCCUCUCAGCGCCGUCGAUAGCCAUGUAGGCAAACACAUUUUCGAAAAGGUCAUAGGACCGACGGGUCUGUUGAAGAACAAAACGAGAGCUUUGGUAACGCACGGCAUUGGUUAUUUAUCUCAAACCGAUAAAAUAAUUGUACUGAAGAACGGUCAAAUAUCCGAAACGGGUACUUAUCAAGAAUUGAUGGAUAGGAAGGGAGCUUUCUCAGACUUUUUGUUGCAGCACAUCACGGAGGAAAUAGAAACCGAAGAAGAAUUGGACGAACUCAAAGACCAGUUGAGCGAUACGCCUCUAGCAGAAGAAGUCCAACGUAAAUUGGUCAGGCACAGACUCGCAUCCGAAUCGCUCUCUGAAACCAGUUCGGAUCACCUCGGCAACGGUUCGAUCCAACGAUUAAACAGCAUAGAAAAGAGCACCCGAAAACAGUCCGUUGAAGAUUCGAAAAAAAUGUUCCAAACUGGUGAAAAAUUGAUCGAGGUGGAGAAGGCCGAAACCGGUAACGUUCGUUGGUCCGUUUACAAGCACUAUCUCAAAUCUAUCGGGAUGAUAUUCAUGCUGUCGACGCUGAUAUUCAAUAUGAUUUAUCAGGGUUUCAGCGUGGGGUCGAACGUUUGGUUAGGAGUGUGGGCUGACGAUACCAGCCUUGCUUACAAUGGUACCGUGAAUGCGGCGAAAAGGGAUAUGUAUUUGGGUGUUUAUGGUGCUCUUGGACUGGGACAAGCUAUACCAGCUAUUGGUGGUGAACUAGGAAUUCAACUGGGAACUUUGGCAGCUGCUGUGCUCUUGCACCAAAAAUUGCUGUUCGGUAUAUUUCGGUCGCCCAUGUAUUUUUUCGAUACCGUCCCGUUGGGUCGAAUAUUGGCUCGGUUUUCCAAAGACAUCGAAGUGGUCGAUGAAAAAUUGCGGUGGUAUAUUUCCGAUGGGAUGCUCUGUUUUAGUCAGCUUUACUUUUUUUUAUUUAACGAAAUACUCUUUCCAGCUAUACCCGCCAUGCUCGCUGACCUGGGAAUUUAUCUGGGAACUGUGACCGCUGCUAUGGUCUUGCACCACAAAAUGCUUGUGGGAAUUUUGAGAAUGCCUAUGGAUUUUUUCGAUACCAUCCCAUUGGGUCGAGUAUUGGCUCGGUUUUCCAAAGAUACCGAAGUAGUUGAUGAAAAAUUACCGUGGUUUUUUGCCGAUUGGAUGAAUUGUGCUUCUAUACCUGCCUUUAUCGCUGAUCUGGGAAUUUUUAUGGGAACUGUGGCCGCUGCUAGGGCUUUGCACCACAAAAUGCUUGUGGGAAUUAUGCGGCUGCCUAUGGAUUUUUUCGAUACCAUCCCUUUGGGUCGAGUAUUGGCUCGGUUUUCCAAAGAUACCGAAGUGGCCGAUGAUAAAUUACCGUCGUUCUUUGCCGAUUGGAUGAGGUGUUUUUCCGGGGUUGUAGGCACUCUAGUUGUAAUAAGUUACACUACGCCACUGUUUAUAGCCGUAAUCAUACCGCUAUGUAUUAUCUAUUACUUUGUACAAAGAUUCUACGUGGCCACGUCCAGACAAGUCAAGCGAUUGGAAUCGGUGUCGCGAUCCCCGAUCUAUUCCCACUUUGGCGAAAGCGUAUCUGGCGCUCAUGCCAUAAGGGCGUACAACCAACAAGAUAGAUUCAUCAGAGAAUCAGAACAAAAGGUAGAUCUGAAUCAAAUCUGCUACUAUCCCGGAAUCAUAUCGAAUAGAUGGUUGGCUGUCAGAUUGGAAAUGUUGGGCAACCUGAUCAUAUUCUUCGCCGCUCUGUUUGCGGUUAUCGGAAAGGAUACUGCUCCUGGAUUGGUGGGGCUGUCUAUUACGUAUGCAUUACAGAUUACCCAAACGCUUAACUGGCUAGUCAGAAUGACUUCUGAUGUAGAAACAAACAUUGUAGCGGUCGAACGUAUCAAGGAAUACGGUGAGGCGCAGCAAGAAGCAGCUUGGGAAGUACCACACAAGAACCCACCGUCUACCUGGCCAUCAGUUGGUACAGUAGCGUUCAAAAAUUAUUCCGUAAGAUACCGCCCGGGUUUGGAUCUGGUACUGAAAGAUGUCGAUUUCGAAAUAAGGGGCGGGGAAAAAGUCGGUAUCGUAGGCAGGACCGGUGCCGGUAAAUCCAGUUUGACAUUGGCAUUAUUCAGGAUAAUUGAAGCAGCUAAAGGAAAUAUUUUCAUCGAUGGCGUCAAAAUCGAUGAACUAGGUUUACAUACGUUAAGAUCGAGAUUGACAAUCAUACCUCAAGAUGCUGUUUUGUUUUCUGGUUCAUUACGUUUGAAUUUGGAUCCGUUUGAUGCUCACAGCGAUCAGGAUGUUUGGAGGUCAUUGGAACACGCUCAUCUUAAAGAAUUUGUUGAAGGAUUAAGUGCUGGUUUAAACCACGAAGUGACAGAAGGAGGGGACAAUCUGUCCGUUGGGCAAAGGCAGUUAAUCUGUCUUGCGAGGGCCCUACUGAGAAAAACGAAAAUUCUCAUUUUAGACGAGGCCACUGCAGCCGUCGAUCUAGAAACUGACGAUCUCAUCCAAAAAACAAUCAGGACAGAGUUCAAGGAUAGCACAGUGCUUACAAUCGCGCACAGAUUGAAUACUAUUAUGGAUUCGGACCGAGUUAUCGUUCUGGAUAAAGGAGAAGUCGCCGAGUUCGAUACCCCGGCCAAUCUGUUAGCUAAUGAAAGAUCAAUAUUUUACAGUAUGUCACGUGAUGCAGGAUUAGCUUGAUGUUUUUAGGUUUCUAUCUAAAUAAUUAAAAAAAAAAAAAUAUCGUGAAUACCAGUUGCCAAUCUGACAUACUUAUUUAUGUUUUUGUUAUUUAUGUAACAUCACUUCAUAGAUUCGAGAAAAAAGUAAGAGGUUUUUGAGGAAUUUUAGACGUGUUACUCCCAAAAUGAUUAGAUGCGUUGUUCACACGUCUAGGUUCGCGUAAUAAAGUAUUGAAUUUUAUUUUUGGAAUUGAAAAGAUUUUAGUUUUUUUAUGAAACGAUGUUGAUUAUUUAAAAUUUGCUUGAUUAAAAUAAAGGAUUACAAAUGUGCCACAUAAAUAUUUGAUUUAAUCAAGGGUAAUAUACCAAGACCUUAAUAAUACUCAGCUAUUUUUGUUGAAUCUAAAUAUUGAGAAUAUUUUAGCAUUAAUAAUCUGAUUAGAGCCCGAAACUUUAGCAAUGCAAAAAUUAUGUAGAAUCAAAUUGAAAAACGUUCGAGAAAUUUAGCAACAACAAAAAUGGCAGAAUAUUAAUCAAGGUCGUGUUAUAUUUGGGACGACUAUUUUACUAGAUCAAAUAUUUAUUUCUCUAGAAAAAUAGUCGCUGAUAUUUGGUCUAGGAAGAUAGUCACAAUUAUUUUUUAUUUUAUGUACUUUGUGUUAGGAAGUUCAGACCUUUUUAUUCCUACUUCUUUUGGUCUUGAAUAAUUUUACUAUAAAUAUGAUUUUUCUUUUACUCCUUUUAUUUCUACUACUUGAUUUAAUAUUUUCAUGAAAGGAAAAUACAAAUUACUCAAGUAACGGAUGUAUUUUUAAAUAUCCAACUCGAAACUUCAAUCAAUACUCUUUUUCCUUUUUAAUUUUUCUUUAAAAUAAGUUUUCUUUUAACCUUAAUUCAUAAUUUUUCAGGAAUUACCCAUGCCGCGAUAACUCGAAAUUAUAGUCGCGUUUCUUUUAAUAUAAGUCGUAUUGAACAAAAUCAAUAAUUUCCAUUCUUAUUCCUACUUCUUCGAAUUGAUUUAAAAUUUAAAAAAAUAGUAUCAAAAGAAGUAGGAAUGUACAGGAUCACUAAUUCUCAGAUUAUUUUUAAUUUGUUUUUGUAUUUGUUUUAAUCAUCUCGUCCUACCUUUAUUGGGCUGCUCAGAUUUGCGAUUUACGUGAAAAAUAAUUUUUUGUUAUACGUUUUAUAUAUAUUUUUUGGACAUUUCCAGAUAGAAAAUUUCGUUGUUUUUCCUUUAAUAAAAAGAAAAUAUUUCUUUUCAUGAUAUAAUUAGUUUGGAAAAAGUAUAAACUGUGUAAUUACGUCUGAUCUCGUUUUUUAUUAUUUCUGCAUAGAAUAUUUUGAAUUCUAAUUCUUUAAAAAUCACUUUGGGAGUAGUAAAUUCACGUGCAAGUAAAAUAGGAAAGUGAAACAACUGAGGAUGGGUUUUCAUUGGGCAUUAAGAGAUUGUUUUGCACAACUUCUCCAUAAUGCUGUCCUGAUGAAACCUGAAACUGUCUGUCUUGAGUUGGUUUGCUAUCCUAAAUGCGAACAGCUCUUUAGGGAAAAGGUGAACAAUUUAAUGACGAUAUAAAGAUAUUUUUUUUCUAAAAUUUAGCUGAAACUCUCAUUUAUGCUUACCUGAUACCAACAUAUUUUCUAUUUUUGUACUUAACUGUUACUUAAUACCGUUUAGUACGGAACUUAAGCCAUGGAAAAAAAUACUUAAUACCAGCCUAAUAUUUAUGAAUAUUACCUCAAAUGAUUUUUCGAUAGCCAUAAGAAUUUUAGCAAAAUUCAGUAUUCUUGCCAGUUUGUUUGUAAAUAGGAACUAUUUUAUCUUAAAUGUAAAAAUACAAACUACUUUUUAUACACUAAGAGUUUACUACAUUUCUGUUUGUUUAUUAGCUGUUUAAUAAAAAUACCCAGUUUUUAUU